UUGGCUUCACGUUUUGUUUAUAAAAUUUGAUUUCUUUGCUAAUAAUUUUAUGUUGUCCUGUUUCAUCGAGUUACCAGUUGACCUGGAGUUGUGAUAGCUUGAAGUAAACAAUUAUUCAACAGGCUACAAUGGCAGCUUGCGAAACCCUUCUAACUUGGCCUGAGUUCUGUAAAGAAUCCAAAGAAUUCAUCUUGUUGUCCGAAAAACUUGAUGACACCUGGAGUUGGGAAGAAAAGAAUUCAAACAUUGGCCAGUCUUAUUUGAAAUACCAACAAAAGAUUUCAGUUUCCACAACCAAUGACUUGUUACAAAUUGAAUAUCACAUUGUCUAUUCAGUAUCCUAUCAAGUGCCAAUCAUGUAUUUUCAGGCACAUUAUAGCGAUGGAAAAAUGAUAAAACUCGACGAUGCUUGGCAAAUUUUCCAUUCCAACAGAAACUCUCAGUAUUCACGGGAGGAUAUGCUAGGCAUUUUAACACAAAUGGAACAUCCUAUACUGUUUAAGCCCUAUAUGUGUUUACAUCCUUGUCGAACAGCGGAAAUUUUGGCACAAACACCGCUAAGUAAAAAUCGUUUAUUGACAUUCGUUAGUGUUAUGGGACCAUAUUUGCAACUGAAUCUGGAUAAUCGUUAUGGAAUGUUAUAUAUUUAGAGAGUGUAUGCUUGGAAUAAUUUUAGGGAUUUGCUCGCGAGUUUCUAAAAGACUCUUCUAAUUCAAUUUGUGUGUUAGUUCUGAAGAACCAUAUUGGCGGUUGACAAAGGUGGCAAUGAGUUUGAUUUCCGUCAGAGGUUUUGGAACAUUAAAUAACAUAUGCAAAGUACUAGAACAUAUACAAUCCCAUGGCAGUCGGUUGUAGGUACCGAAUUGACCCGAUGGAGUCUUUCAUCGGCAAAGACUGUCGCCUCCGUGUGUUACAUACUGCGACAACAACAACAGCUAGAACCUAUACGAAACGAAACGAAUAGAAACAAUUGUUAAUUUGUGUGAACAAAAGAAUUGUGAAGGCAUAUCAAGCAUAUUAGAACCGAACGCUCCUUCCCUCAAUAACAUAAUUCCUACUCACAUGCUACUGUAAUUUGUAUAAAAGUAAGGAGUUUGGACAAGGACCUAAAAUCUUUUGCGGCAGCACUUGGGAAGCGGACAAAGAAGCCCAGCUAUGUAAGUUUGGAUCAUCAUGAUCAAGGGCAAGAGGUUCAGGGCUACAUUCUUGGAGACCCGACGCCUCUCAAGGAAACAGCCAAGCUUAAUCGUAUUGAUCCGAAUCACUAAACCAGUGGAGGGCAAACUAACGCUUAUGGUCAGUAUAUUCAAGACUAUGGGCUUAUAGCAAUUAAGUUCAUGUGUACUUAUACAGUAAUAUUGUUGUUAUAACCACAUUGCUCGUAGAAACGAUUUCCGUCAAACUCCUAAAGAUGAAAUAUAUAUUUUAGUUAGUA